AUGGAUGAAUGUGCAACCACUCUUGCUCCUAUUUUUAAAGAGGACAAGUUCAGUGAAAAGGAUUUUCCACGGAAUGCAUUAGAAAAGAAAAGAAUGGAAAAUAUUCCUUAUGCAUCUGUUGUUGGAAGCUUGAUGUAUGAUCAAACCUGUACGAGACUGGACAUUAGUUUUGGAGUUGGAAUGCUCAAGAGAUACCAAAAUAAUCCUGGCAUGGAACAUUGGAAAGCUAUAAAGAAGGUUUUAAGAUACUUGAAAGGAACAAGACACUAUAUGCUCACGUAUCGAAAAUUUGAUCAAUUGGAGGUGAUUGGUUACUCCGACUCAGAUUUUGCUCGUUGUGUUGAUAGUCAGAAGUCAACUUUUGGUUACUUGUUCCUAUUAGCUGGAGUAGCAAUAUCGUGGAAAAACCCAAACAUACUAUCAUAG